GGCUGUGUGUGGGUCGAGCCGGGUAAUCUGGCAGCUGGGUGAAUGUCGUGAACAGUCGCCGUGUUGGCCCCAGUCUCCCUGCCUGGCACUCCUUUAAUAACUGGAUGGAGGAUUUACUCGGAGGUGCUUGUUGAGCCGUUGCGGUGGAAUAGGACUGCAAGAGAGGAACUAAGGAAUUACCACCCAAACAAACCAGGAUGUAACAAACCGCUGACCAGAAUGUCAAGUGGAACAAAAGAGACUUCUUGUUGUUAUUCGCCUCCGUGCCCGAGUCUCAGCGGACUGAACUAACCAGCAGCUAAACCGGCUAACGGUAGCUGAGUUAACGCUAGCCACAUUACAGUUUCAAGCAUCCUUGCUUUCUUGUUUGGUGAGUGGAUCCCAUUGACAUUUACUCGCCAUGGCAGCAGUGGUUAGCUACUCUCCACCAUGGUGGGUGAACCUUCUACACAGACUUCCCCAUUUCAACUUAAAGUUUGAGCAAACAAGCAGUGAUUUCCGACCAGAGGACUGGACAUAUCAACAGUCCAUCCUGUUACUGGGAGGUGUGGCGCUCGCCUGUCUGGCCCUGGACCUCCUGUUCCUGCUCUUCUAUUCCAUUUGUCUGUGCUGCCGGCGGAACAAAAACGAGGAGCAGCCCAGCGCUGACUGCUGCUGCACAGCCUGGUGUGUCAUCAUUGCAACACUUGUCUGCAGUGCUGGCAUUGCUGUCGGUUUCUAUGGAAACGGCGAGACUUGUGAUGGAGUGAAUCGACUGACGUAUUCCCUUCGCCAUGCUAACCGCACAAUCACUGGGGUGCAGAAGCUGGUAUAUGACAGCACAUCCUCAUUGAACCAGACGGUAGACGACAAUCUGCAACAGCUUGAAGGCCAGUAUGCGCAGCACGCAGACUACCUGUCCAUCAUCCAAAAGCUGCAGGGCCAGCUGGACGAGCUGGUCAGGCAGAUGGUGGAGAUUCCCUUCUGGGACAACACCAACAUCUCCUUGGAGGAGCUGGCCGUCAAGAUUGAGCUGUAUGACUGGUACAGGUGGCUGGGCUACAUAGGCCUGCUACUGUUCGAUGUCCUCAUCUGCCUUCUGGUGCUGUUUGGCCUCAUUCGCAACUCAAAAGGAACACUUAUAGGGGUGUGCUUGUUUGGCGUAGUGGCUCUGGUGAUCAGCUGGGUCUCCCUGGGGAUGGAGUUAGCCGUCUCUGCGACCUCCAGUGACUUCUGUGUAGCUCCUGACAUGUAUGUCACCAAAGUGGCAAACCAGUAUGGAGUCAUCAAUCAAGAUAUCCUGCAGCACUAUCUUACUUGCAGUUUGGAACAAACCAACCCCUUCCAGCAGAAGCUUUCCGGGAGCCACAAAGCGUUAGUGGAGAUGCAGGAUGACGUGUCUGAACUGCUGCGCUCUGCCACCAGAGAGUAUAAACAAACUAAGGGAAGUUUGGAAGAGAUCCAGGGGAUUCUGAACACCACAGAGAUCAAUCUACAUCAGCUCACCGCCCUGGUGGACUGUCGCAGCCUGCACAUGGACUAUGUCCAGGCCAUGACGGGACUGUGUUAUGACGGACUGGAAGGCCUCAUUUACCUCGUGUUCUUCUCCUUUGUCACUGCUCUCAUGUUCAGCUCGAUCGUUUGUAGUGUGCCUCACACCUGGCAGGCCAAGAGGAGCGAGGAGGACAGUGAGGAUGAGUCUCUGAGCCACGGGGGAAGACAAAACCAUGAUAACCUGUACCGCGUCCACAUGCCCAGCCUGUACAGCUGUGGCAGCAGCUACGGCAGCGAGACCUCCAUCCCUGCUGCAGCCCACACUGUCAGCAACGCACCUGUCACUGAGUACAUGGCUCAGAACGCCAACUUUCAGAACUCUCGCUGUGAAAACACGCCUUUGAUAGGACGAGAGUCUCCUCCCCCCUCAUUGUAUUUGACUGCUGCGGACAGUAACAGCGGUCACAGCUGGCAGUUAAAGCCUUCGGAGAGUUCAAGAUCGUUUUGGUAACCUCAUCUGCUAUGCUAACAGUACACCUCCAGCAUGCGCGCCAAGUACCUGGCCAACAGCCGACCAGAUCCCAACAACCCUCCAGCACUGGACUCAUCCUGAGGUCUCUGAGGUCUGUCAGCCAUCCAAUCACUCACUCAGUCAGUCAUUAUUUCUCAUACCUUUCAUUCGCUCCUCCUUCUGCUUUCCUCCACCUUCUCACUUGACUUAAAAUGGAAAAUCAAAAGAUCUUUUGCUGGUUGGUUAAAGCAAAGCUUAAGGACAUCCUGCAGAUCAUCAGAUCUCAUCUCAAUGGUCAGGACAUGCUUUUUCUCCAAUUUCCACAAUCCUUGGCUGAUGCUUAUUAUUUCAAGAAUCAUCAUUGGUGCUGGAAUUCAUCUGCAGCUCUGAUGUGAUGGAGCCUGGACUGACUUUUACACUCCAACUUUUAUUUUAAAUUUAUUUACACAUGAAUGCACCAUGACAUGUACGGUGUCACAUCUAACAAGGCAUUGCAGUGUUGAGGACUCUGGAAGUGCUCAUAGACUAACACUGCUUACUAGUGGUUGUUGUUGUUUUGUUUUGUAAAGUACUGUACUGCACUCUCUCAUUGAUGUGGGAGAGGAAGAUAAAUGCCUUACACCUAAAUAUGAGAGGAAUCAACUGGUUUCUUCCCACCCGAAGUGUAGACAUUGUCUCUCACACAACACACUCAACAACGAUAAAACUUGUCUUUCUGCUUGUGGAACUUGAAAUGCAGGUCUGCUAUGUUUGACUCAACCAGUAAGAUUUGCGUUAUUCUCCAGUUAAUAUUGCCAUACUGUAUAUCGCACGAGCACAUUGGCUUGUUUUUGCAUUUUGUGUUAAAUCCGAUGCCUGGGACCAGUUUUCCUGCAGUACUGCACGUCUUACAGGUCUGAAACUGAAAUAAUUUUCCCUCUCGGGACACUGUUCUUUUCUGUGGCAUUUUUUAAAAUACAUUGAUGAGCCACUAUUCCACAGCAGUGACUGUGAAGCUGUGAACUUGAUUCUGGCACAUGUUUCAGAGGAUUUGAUAAGGACAAAGAUGAGCUGCAUGAUGGAAAUGCAGCUGUUCGAGUCACAACGGGAUGACGAUGUUCAUCCCAAAAAAAAAAGAGUUAAACCGUAAUGAAUGACAAAGAAGAGAAGUUUUUAUACCACUGGAAGCAGAAACUUUUUUACAGCCCUUUGAAGACAAUGGUGAAGCAAUGCCUCUUCACCAGACUGCUUGUUAUUCUCUCCAUGUUCUUGUUAAGUUGUAAAGCCUCAUCUCCCUUAACAGAACUGGGAAUUGUCCACACACACAUCCUUGACUCUGAUCUUCUCUACCAAAUGCAGCAGUUUAGAGUUAGAAAUUCCUCUCACUGAUUAUCCCAACAAGAAUCUUAAUGCAAGUUUAUAUGAAAAUAUGCAUAGCGCAGUUUCUAAAAGAAUUUUAAAGAGAAACUUUAUGCAUUGGCAAUGCAGUGUCUCACAAAUGUGUUUUAGCAUUUAUAACAAAAGUAGGUAAGAGUGGAUGCUGUGAAGGGAUUGUGAUAACGCUGACAAUUUCCAGAUUAUAAAGAGAGCAAAGGAAAUCUGCUGACUUUCGUGUUAAAGCAUGACGAUCAUUCAAAUCCAGAGUGAGACGUUUGUACUUCUGCUGCUUCAAAUUGCUUCUGCAUUUUGACCAGUACAAGAAGUGAUUUUUGAGACUGUGCCAACGAGUGAAGCACAACUCUUUUACUAUCUGAAUAUCUUUUUAAAUGUUAAAUCUUUUAAAUCUUUUACUUUAGGCCAGUUUAUAAAGUAGACAGCUCCUGGUUGCCUGUGCAAUCAAAUGAAAAAAUGAGCCUGACUUUUUCAAAUCUUUUAUGCUCUGUAAAACAAUAUUACACUGAUGUAGUACUUCUGUUUUUUGGGUAGUAGUCAUAUUCUCUUUGUUGUGUGUAAUGCAAGGCUGUUGUACAGAUUAUAAACAUUUACAAAGUGAAGUGGUUGACAUUUCAUUUUUAAUUUCUUAAAGCUUAGUUCACAUUUUUAAACAUGUUUCUAUUUGAUUUGCUUGCUUCUAUUUGAUUUGUUGUUUUUAUUUCAUUUUAGAAUCUGUAGCAAGCACAAUGUGUUGCUUCAUUAAUGUGAAUAUGGUUAAUAGAUUUUAAUUUUUCAUUCAUUUAAUUUUGUUUCUGGGGAAAAAAAUCACUGUAGAUGUAAUCUUUUGUUUUUUAUUUUUUACAUCAUUUUUGCUAUCUCUAAAAUGUGUACAUGUAAAACCUGUGGUUCUAUUGAGCUCGAAUGCUGUGUUUUGAAAUUAAACGAACCUUAACUGUA